AGCCCGCCAGCAGGCUAUGUUGCGGCAGUCUUAAGUCCCAGAGGGGUGGCAUCUGAACGUACGAAUACAUUUGGCCUGCCCUUGGAACUUCAGCUUCGGUUCAGCUUGACUUCAGCUGGUUCCCGCAUUGGGUGCGCUGGCAGGUAUUUAGACCAACCUUAGGGCGCGAUUUGCCCCGGCUCCUACGACCCCCUCGACCACCAGUUUCCACACUAGAGCCCCCACAAACGCUGCUGUCAUCACCCGUGGACAGAUUCGACACCCCUGCGAGCAGCGAGCGGAGCUGAAGAUCGACGGCCUCAAAAGUCCAGCCCUCCGCUGCCAGUCCAUGGACAAUCAUUCCGCGACGACGCCGGCCCGGCUCGCGACCGGCAGCGGGGCGGUCUCUGCGGUGCAUGGGCAGAAUGCAUGCGCCGAAGGCCCUAAAGCAACGGAAGCGCCGCCACCGGGCCUUCCGCAGGGCGGAUUAAAGGGCUCCAACGACCCUGCUUCUCGCAGUGGCAAGGACCUGGCCGAGGACAUCGGGCUGGAGAGGCGGGACACCACAGACAGUUGCCUAUCCGACUUCAGUCAGCGGCGAACCAACACGGACUGGUCCAUCGCCGCGUCCACAGCCACGGAGUUGACUGAUGCCGGGCCUAGUAGCCCUGAUAUCCUUUUCGCUGACGAUGGUCCCGAGCUUGACACCGAGACUUACGCGUCAUCACCCCGCAGCCGCAGCUUGUUCCUGCGCCUAAUGGCUUCUCAGAAAUCCAGGGUGGCGCCUCACGGUUCACCGCCCGACUCGCUUGUUCCCCGACUUCGCCGGCUGGAGCAGAUGCCUCCGGGGAAAUCGAGCCUCAACAUAUCCUCUGGUCCGACGAUGCCCAGUCUUGAUCCCCAGCCCGUCAAAUCAAGCCCUUCAGGCUCUCAGGAGCCGUGGAACACGAAAACUGGGAGUGAGCCCCACGCCGACAAUGCCGAAGAAGAGGUGGCCGACUGUGACCGGGACAGCAACCAGCCAGACUGCAGUACGGGUGGCAGGAGCCAAAAGCCCCAUUCGCAAGCACAGUCCGCUGUCCUGGAAGGGCGCCUGGUACGGGGAGAUGGAACGGAUGGUGACGCAGAUCCGGGUGAUGACGACGACGCGCCGACUCCUGGGAAGAGCUUCCCCGACGAGAACCUACCGGAAGUGUCCGAAGAUCCAGCAGGUGAUCCCGCUCCUCAAACACAUCCUGGCUCUGCCUCCGGCGAGGCAUCGGACUCGUACGAUGAGGAAGAGGAACCCUCAGCCUUGGCUUCGGACGAUGGCAUCAUCUACGAAGUUUGCGAGCAAGUCCUGCAGCAGGCGCUCGGUGUGCCGCUGCACGACGUUGCACUUGCCGGGGCGAUGCCGGCGGCCUACGAGUCGGUUAGCCACUUCCUGGACGAGCUCUCUCACAUCGUUCUCAACAGCAGCUUCAGCAAAACCGGCAUCGUCGUCAACGAGUCGACAGGGGCCAGAACAGGCUCCAGCCAUGUGCCUAUAUGGCCUGCUGGGGGUGUUGCGGACAGUGCUAGUGCCGACGGUUACGGCUACGGGGCCGGCAGCCGGAAACGAUCUAACGGUGGCCCAGACGGUGGCGAUUCUGGCGAAGGCGGCGAGGACGGCACCCCUGGAGGUGGUAAACGGCGAAAGGUUUCGCCAACCGAGUAUCAGUUAACCAGUAUGCAGUUCGCCUGUCCGUUCAGAAAGAGGAACCCUGUGAGGUUCAAUGUCCGGGAUUUUCGAACUUGCGCAUUGCAGCCAUAUCCCGAUAUUCCCCAGGUUAAGCGCCAUGUGAAGAACUUUCACAAACAGUCGGCGGUCUUACCCUUCACUUGCCAGCGGUGUAGGCGGGCCAUGGGAAGUCAGGAGGCCUUGGAUAGACAUGUCUCUGUCCCCAUGGAUCAGAUCUGCACCCCCGAAACGCGUCCCACCAGUGCGGACCCGGAGGACGGCAUCACCUCUGGUAUCGAAGAAAUCCUCAAUGACCGCAAGGCCGGCACCAAGAUCGACACUUGGCAAAGCUUAUGGUGUCUGUUGUUCCCCGGGGAUGCCGGCUUAGAGAUUCCAGAGGCCGAUUUCAUACCUCCCACUGAAUUAGAAGAAGUGUACGCCGAGUUCAACACCGGCCAUCAUAUGCGCCAGCUGCAGCAAUGCAUCCAGCAAGGGCUGGGCCAUGGUAACGAUGUCGAGAGUUUGCUUUCCGUCUUUCGAGACCAUAUCGAUUCAGUCUUUGACACCUGCCGGCGAAAUACCAGCAGCGGCCCUGUGACCGGGAGCAGACGAAUACCCGUUCAACCAACACCGGGACAGACGAUAAGCCGGCGGAGCUCCUUCGUGACGCUGCAUCCUGGGCGUCCGACGUCGAGAGGCCACGGUUCCGUCGACAGCAGCAGCAUGUGUUCCCCCGUGGCGACUCCCAACAGCACCGCCAUGCUGGGGAACGUCGAGCAGCCGCCGCCGGUAACGGAGGCGCAGUCCCGUAGCAUGCCUAGGGUGCCCCGAACUGGAGGAGCAUACCCGGGGCCGACCGGGGCGGAAGCAAUCGGGGAUUUGAUGAUGAUGCCUCUCGUCUCGACCAGCAGCAGCCCCAACGCCACAUGGAGCCAGGGAGGUUUGCCUGUUACGGUGCCGCCUCCAACACAUGUGCACGUCGGAUUUGGCGGCCAGGGUCAAACCGCGGCAGCGAUACUGGGCGAGAAGGCGCUACACCACACUGCGGCCGAACCCCGUCUGCUGCCGACCGAUUCUGGAAUGGAAGUCAGUGGCUUCCUGAGUCAGGCGGCCGACGAUUUUGACAAUAUCUCGACCUUGCCCACGUUCGACUCGCAUGAUGGCUAUGGGGGCCUGGAAUUUGGGCGGCAGCCGGUGCACGAUCUCUGUUUGCGGCCUUCGCCACAGAAUCAUGUGCGCGGGGCGGGGCACGAAAUGCAGGGCCAGGCGUGCUCGGCGACUGACCCGGGCAUGAUUCCGAUUUUUACCUUUGAUGUGUCGGCUAUGGAUGACGGAUUCAUGGAGGCUGUUCGCCGGAGCAGCGUAUGGAGUGAUGGUUAUAACGAACUAUCCCGGUAGCCGGGGGAGCGUGGCCUACUUCAUUAGUCUGGUCGAAGAUGGCUGAUUCUGUACUAGAGGCGGUGCAAAAAUGCAAGCAGAACCUGUGGCUGACCAACCUGGUGUGU